AUGCCAGACCUGCACUCCCUGCCAUCAGGAUCCCGGCCGGACAAUGCGGUGCGCAACAACGGGCCAGAGAACCUGGUGCUCGAACGAUACAAGUUGAGAGAGCUCGCCGAGGGUUGGCCAGCCUACAGAGACGCGUGCGAAUGGGAGAAUCUGAAGUCCAUCUUCCACCCAGACGCAUACAUCUACACGACAUGGACAGGCCGCACGCACCAUCUCGACUUCAUCGCCGCCUCGCAAAAGGGCAUGGACAAUGGCGCAUUCAUCAUGCACCGCUGCCACGGCAUCACGACGGACAUCAAUCUCGAGGCGACGCGCGCCGUGACCAAGAUGAAAGCCACCAUCACGCAGCGCUUCAAUCUCGACGGCUGCGAAGCCGACGCCGAGAGUGAUUGCCGUUUCUGCUUCUUUUGGGUCAAAACCGAGCAGGGAGAAUGGCGCGCUCGGUACGUGAGACACUGGUACGAAAAGGUAAUCAACCAUCUUUCUUGUUUUUGUUCUCUCGUUCUGUUCUUCUUCAAAAAGUAUUUCGCCGUCAAGGUUAAGCUAACCGGGGUCGUCGUUGUGAUGUGGCUGCAGGACAAACUCAUCCCCGUCAACCCCAACAAGAUCCCGCCUCUGAACGAGCAGGAGUUACAGAAAUUCCCGUCCGGCUACAGGUACCUCGCAUACUGCCAGGAGAAGACGAUGGGCGUCAAAGUGUUGCUCGACAUGCCCGGACAUAGACGCGAAAACGGUGUCCCAGGAGGCAGCAAGGCGUGCGGCGACAAGCAUGACCUGUUGUACUGGCAGUGUAAGCGAUGGGUCGAAGGGGAGGACCUUGACAUAUAA